UUGUCUUUGUCUCGGGCCUAACAACACCCGUGCCAAUAUAUCCAACUAACACCGGCUUCUCGGGCAUUAUCACUUAAGUAUACACCAGCUCUGCUCAGGUACCCAUUGGGAUCUAUGGGGUUAAUUUAAACUCCUUCCCGCUGUACUUCCUCGUCGCUGUCAUGCUUCCGAUUCUCUCUCUUUUGAGAAAUGCCUGAAUAAUUUGAUGCCGUUGGAGAAAAACGAAAGACGGCAAGUUUUGCGUGCACACUUUUGAUUUGGAAUUGGUUAACUUUAUUUUUCCACCUUGUAUUGUUUCUUGAUAUUACAACUUGACAGAUGCUGUGAUGGAAUGUCUGUGCUGUAUGGAGUAAACUCAGUGACUAAGUAAAUCUAUAACUUCCUCAAACUACACAGAACACUGCUCAUUGACAUAAAAUGGGUGAAACAAGACGACGAGCUUUUAAAAUAGUUAUUCAGAUAACUUGCCAACUUCUAUGGCUGGCAGGUCUGAUGGUAGGUCUGAGUGGUAUGUACUUGUUGUUGAACUACAGACACAAUGGCCUGUUCUUUGCCCACACAUACAUCAUCCUCCCAGCAUGCCUAUCUCUGGCCAGCGCUACCUUGCUAUUGGCCAGCGGAGGACUGGGCAUCUGGGUGUCCCUCAGAAAGUCCGCCUGGCUACAGGCCGUGGUGGACUUAGAGCUGGCUCCCUUCAGGAGUGUCUUUCGAAGAUACACAGGAAGCAGUCAGGACCCAGGAUCCAAUGCUGUGGACGCCACACAGAAAGAGUUGCAGUGCUGUGGUAUCUAUGACUACCGUGACUGGUUGGCCACGCCCUGGUUUAACCACAGUGGGCGGGGCAGUGUACCUCACAGCUGCUGUAUCUCCACCUACCACAUCUGUAAUGGUACCCUGGAGCUGCCCGGGCUACUAUAUCAAAAGGGCUGCCAGGUGAAGCUGGAGGAGGCCUUGCUUUUUGUUCUGCGUCUCAUCAUCUGGUCAUCUCUGGCAGUGGCACUAGUGGAGACUGUAGGGUUUGUGAGUGUGGCUCAGCUGAUGAUGGACCAGCCUCUGUUGGAGUAUGGAAUACUGGACAGGGAGUGGGACUGAAGCCUGAACCAGAGUGGCAGAAAGUGUUUUGGACCGAGAAUCUACUUUAGAAAUAUUAUGACCUGGAACUUAGUAAAGUUCAUGAUGCUGUGGACCUUAACGGCCCAGUGCAGUCAAAAACAGGAUUUUCCAGUG